UAUUAUGGCCAUCAUCAUGAUCUCUCACUCUCCUUCCCCUUCCUCAGAUGUGAAAGCAAGCCCUCUUCAAGUUCGCAGCCUUUUCACUGCCUAGAGAGAGAAAGAAAGUCCACCACAGCACCAGAGUCGUUUAGAGAGAGAGAGUCGGACAGACGGACAGGGAAGGAAGGAAGCCAGAAGCUGUUGGGAUCGUUUCUUGAGCUUCGAAUUUCGGGCAAAUGUUUUCGAGGGUCUCCCAUGACUUAGCUGCUGGGGUUCAGGGAGGAGCUGGGCCUCUCUGAAUUCCCAGAAAUUCUUCUUUCCCCCCCCUGCAAAGCUUGAGCUUCCUUCCUUCCUAUUUGCGGGCAAAGAAAAGAACACCUCAGUUUUCCCGGGAAGAAAGUUCCAACCUUUGGGUUCUUGGUGGGAGGAGACCCUCUUGCGUGAUUUUCGGGGCCGGAUGUGGUACAAGUCCAACAGAAACUCAGAUCGGGUGAAUGGAACUUCUUCAAGCCAUCGAUGGAAGAUGCGGUGCUGAAAAUGCUCUCUAAGACAUAAUUCCAGUAUAGGGACAAAGCCCCGAGAAAUGCACCUGAGCCAUUGUCUUGACUUCUGUUGGUUGGCCUAAUUGACCACAUCUUAACACACUUGUUCAACUGGAAUCGGAUGAAGCAAUCUCCUUCCUUCACAGAGAAGUUUCCUUCUAUCCUGGGGCCAGAUUUCCUUUGGCAAAAUUCUCCCAAAACCAGAGGGAAAACAUCAAACUUGUGGUCGUGAAGCUCUGCUGGGGAAAGCUCCUUUGGCAAUAAUAAGACCUUCCGAAAAAAAUAAAAUAUAAAAAAAGAAUCCGUCUUCCUAUUCCAUCUUCUUGACCCCGAAACUUCGUCAGAAGUCUCUGUGGGUCGGAAAAAGUCCUUUACGGGCAAAUCUCCUUUGGCAUUGCGGAGUCCUUGGUUGGCUCCUCCUGGUUUAUCUCUGUAUAACCAGGGCAAAUCUCCUUUGGCAUUGGUUCCAGUUUUACUAGUUGGAUAUUCUCAUUCGAGAUACCGGCUUUAAAUUUCUGGACCGACUAUAUAUCUGAAUCUAUCAAUAUCACCUAUAUUGUAUAGAUUCAUUGAUAUUUGACUGGAUAACAUACAAAUCUUGGGUUGCAAACUAUCCAUUCUUGGCCAGUCAAGUGUCAUUUUCAUGGUGUGUGAUAUUUUCCGAUCUUGUCCAUCCCUCUAAUCCUUGCUCGUGGAACAUUGGCUUUCUCUGUUGAGGUUGGGAAGUAUUCACUGUUAGGUGUUUCGGAAAUGGGUGUCCUCUUCAGUGAGUCUGAUUGGGACAGUUUCAGUGAGAGCAGUGAAGACCAAGAGGAGCUGGACUUCAUCUAUGGGAAUCAAGCCCAUUAUCUUCUCUCCAAUCUUGAGGAGACCAUUGGGAAGAUUGACGAUUUCCUCUCCUUUGAGAGAGGAUUUCUCCGUGGAGAUAUAGUGUGCUCUGCAGCCAACCCGUCAGGCCAGACUGGGAAAGUCGUGGCUGUCGACAUGUCUGUGGACCUUGAGAGCACCAACGGGAAGGUCAUCAGGGACAUAAACUCGAGGAAAAUCUCAAAGAUCCGGUCUAUCUGUGCUGGUGAUUACGUGGUUCACGGGCAUUGGGUCGGGAGAGUGGAUCGAGUGAUCGACUCAGUGAGCAUAGUGUUCAAUGAUGGGAUGAGAUGUGAUGUCAUUGCAGUGGAUCAAGAGAGAAUUGUCCCUAUUUCUCCGAAUCCUGUGGACGAUCCACUGUGUCCAUAUUUCCCCGGGCAGCGGGUACAGGUUAAACUGCCCGUUGUAUCCAGACAAGCAAGGUGGCUUUGCGGGAGUUGGAAGGCAAGCCACGAGGAAGGCACUGUCUGUGCUGUAAAAGCAGGUCUGGUACAAGUUGAGUGGCUUGGAUCCGCUCUUAGCCAAUCCGGCUUGAACGUGCCUCCGCCCCAAAAUUUACAGAACGCAAAGAAUGUGACUGUGCUCUCUUGCUUCUCGCACUCAAACUGGCAACUUGGUGACUGGUGUUCAGUCCCAAUUGGUAAGACUGUAUUCGCUCAUCAGAGAACAGGUAAUGGAUUUCAGAGGAAGGACUCAAACCCAAACAACGAGGGCAUUUUCGUGGUUUCGAGGACAAGGACGAGAGUGGAUGUCCUGUGGCAGGAUGGAACCCGCUCACUUGGAGAGGAUUCGCAGUCUCUGCUUCCAGUAAAUAUUGUAGACGUGCACGAAUUUUGGCCUGACCAGUUUGUGCUCAUGAAGAGUAGUUCCGAGGACCCACAGGCUCCAAUGACCCAGAAAUGGGGUGUCGUUCGAUCUAUGGACAGCAAGGAGAAGACAGUGAAGGUAGCAUGGAAGAAUCUUUCUUUGGAGGAAUCAAAUGGUGUCGGUGAAGAAAUGGUGAGUGCCUACGAGCUAAUCGACCAUCCCGAUUACUCCUUCUGUCUCGGGGACAUUGUGUUUAGAAGUGAAUUGGAUUCUGGAGGCGAGGCCAAUAAAGGAAAUUCAGAGAAUUCUUACUUGUCUUCGAUCGGUAAUGUUGUUGGGUUCAAGGAUGGUACCGUUGAGGUACAAUGGGCAACGGGCUUCACGAACAAGGUUGACCCUUGUGAGAUCUUCCGAUGUGAUAAACUCGAAGUUCCGACUGCAUCUUCAGUGGCCUUUGAUGACAAUAUUGUUGAUCAAAUUAGCCAACAAGCAGUUGAUUACGACAUGCAUUCAUCUGACCUGAAAGGGAAGGAUUUGCUCAGCUGUGGUACAUUCAAUGACGAAGAACGGCGAAAGUACCCUUGGGAAGGUAUUCCCCUUCCGCUUCCUCGAUCUGCAAUUGGGUUCUUAAGAGGUUUCGCAGCAAGCGUUUUCGGGUCAGCAGGGUCCACGUCAGAAUUAGACUCUAGUCUGUCAGGUCCCGUCCAUGAAGACAGAAAUCCACGUGAUGAUUACCUUGACAAAGAAAUUGUAGGAACUCUUGAUUCAGGAAUGCAGCUGAAAACGGUGGUCUCUGAGGUGGCGGGUUCGGAGAUGGAAGUCCUCCCAGAGUUUGAAAAUAAGGAUAUAUUCUUAAUAGAAGAAAAUGGUGAUGAGAGGUUCAAGCGGUUUGAUAUGGUUGGUGACUGUUCCGACCACUUCUUUCUCGAUCAAGCUGGCAAGGAACUGGGAUCAUCUCAGGUUAAAAGGGCAUGGUUCAAGAAAGUUAGGCAUGAAUGGAGCAUUCUCGAGAAAAACCUUCCUGAGACAAUAUAUGUACGCUCUUAUGAAGAAAGGAUGGAUCUCUUGAGAGCGGCCAUCGUGGGUGCCCCCGGCACUCCUUAUCACAAAGGCCUGUUCUUCUUUGACAUCUUUCUUCCUCCGGAGUUCCCAAACGUGCCGCCUAUGGUGCACUACCAUUCGGGAGGACUCCGCCUGAACCCAAACUUGUACGAGUCCGGAAAAGUUUGCCUGAGCCUCCUGAACACCUGGACUGGGACAGGAUCUGAGGUGUGGGACCCACAGAACUCCACUGUCCUCCAGGUCCUUGUGUCACUCCAGGCUCUCGUACUCAAUGACCGGCCCUACUUCAAUGAGGCGGGAUAUGAUAAGCAGGUGGGGAAAGCCGAGGGAGAGAAGAACUCGGUGAGCUACAAUGAGAAUGCAUUCCUCCUCAACUGCAAGUCCAUGAUAUACCUUCUCCGAAAGCCGCCGAAGCAUUUUGAGGCGCUUGUGUUGGAGCACUUCGGGAAUUGCUGCCUGAACAUUCUAAGCGCUUGCAAGGAGUACAUGGAUGGGGCUCCAGUAGGAUUCCCUUCAGGACAUGGGAUCGAAAGAGAGCAAGAAAAUCACAAAGGGAGCUCGACGGGGUUCAAGAUCAUGCUCACGAAGUUGUGCCCAAAGCUUAUCGAGGCAUUUGAAGAGAAGGGGUUCGACUGCAGCCAGUUCAUGUGCCCAUAGAAUUUCCUUGCUCUGGAAGAGGGACGCAGUAUAGAAUCUUCCCUGCUCCUGAACUCUCGAUAUUUCUACGACAGCUUGUAAGUGUGUCUGUAUAUAAGUUUGAGAUUGAGGACUCAUAAGAAAAUACAUGAAAUGAAUGUCUGAUUUGUGAAAGACCGAACCGGUCUUGUCUGUGUCCUCGUGUGCAAUAAAAUGGCUUCCAAGGAAGCCUUCUGUGUGGUCCCUCGAAAAACAAGAGCAGCAAUGGCUAUUGCUGUGUUGUAUAAUAUGAUAAUAAUGUUAAUGGAAUUGUGUGCUUGUGUAAUUGAUCUUUU